AAAGAGUUUUUUUUUUUUAAUUUGUAAGAAUGAGCACGGAUAAAGAGUGUUUAUUAGUAUCAAAGAUUCAAAAGUUACGUCUUCAACAUUUUUUCCUAAUUUUAAACGAAAAAAAUAUUAAAUUAACUUGUAAAGUUAGAUAAUUUUAGCGGCUAGUGACUUAGGUGGACAAAUCUCCUGACUUUUCCAUUAUAACUAUAUAUGCUAUAUGCUUUUGGUGUGAUAUUGAAAUUGAAUACACGUAUUAUUUUCUUGUCAUCUCUGGCUGAGAAGAUGGUGUCACAUACAGUUGAACUUUUGAAGAACGAGAUUCCUUUGGAGCAAGAAUCAGUGGUUUUAGCUGAAGACAUCGUAAAUGGUCUUGUUCUUGUCGAUAUCAUAAAUGGCUUCUGCACAGUUGGUGCUGGAAAUCUGGCACCAAGAGAGUCCAAUAGACAAAUUUCAGAAAUGAUCAAUGAAUCAGCAAGGCUAGCUAGACUAUUCUGUGAGAAGAAAUUGCCAAUUAUGGUUUUCCUUGAUUCUCACCAACCUAACAAGCCAGAGGAACCUUACCCCCCUCACUGUAUUGCUGGGACUGAUGAAUCAAAUCUAGUUCCAGCGUUGAGAUGGCUAGAGAAUGAAACCAAUGUAACAAUCAGACGUAAGGAUUGUUUUGAUGGAUAUGUUGGCUCAAUGGAAGAAGAUGGUUCAAACGUUUUUGUAGAUUGGGUGAAGAAGAAUAAGAUCAAAACUAUGGUGGUGGUAGGUGUAUGCACAGAUAUAUGCGUUCUGGAUUUUGUAUGCUCCACAAUGUCAGCUAAAAACCGUGGUUUUCUCAAGCCUCUGGAAAAUGUGGUGGUAUAUUCAAAUGCAUGUGCUACUUUCAAUGUCCCUCUUGAAGUAGCCACAAAUAUCAAAGGAGCUUUAGCCCAUCCUCAGGAGUUUAUGCAUCAUGUAGGUCUGUAUAUGGCCAAAGAACGUGGAGCCAAGAUAGCAAAGGAAGUGCUGUUUGAUGCAGCAGAGAAGAUAUAACCCUGUUACGUGCUGUGGCCCUUCUAAAUAAAACUCUAUACUUAUUAAGGUUUGGGUGGUCUAAAUAAGAAGCAAAUGGUCGUAGAUGACAUACCAUCAUAUAUGUAAAGUAUAAGCAGGAGUCCCUCCCACUCCCCAUGGCUUUUAACUAAGACCGUAUGUACGUCUUGUGAAAGUGUAAAUUCCUGCAGUAUAAUGCAUAUUCACAAGACACAGUAUCACGAUUGGUUAGUACAAUACAACAUAAAUAAAGAACGCUAUCAUUAGAAGUUA